AUGGUGUUAGAAACUGGUGCAUCUUGCCAUAUGACACCAAUCCGCAACUGUUUCUCUACCUUCAAAUAUUUUGAAGGCUCACCCGAUAAUUUUGAAGAAGUCAUUCCGUCAGCGACUUCUACUAGUGAUUCUAAAGAAGAGUUUCUGAAUGAUGGUAGAGACCAAGGCCAUACAAUCCCAAUUAUGGCACCUACCAGGCAUAAUCAAAGAACUAUUCAUCCCCCUAACAGGUAUGGAGAUUGGGAUUUUGCUAACAUGAGUUUUACAGAUCAGCUGGAAUUUGCUUUGCAUGUUUUCAAAGUCAAAGAUGACAAUCGGAAGAAGGCUUGUCUCAUUGCUAAAGGCUUUGCACAGCGUAAUGGUAUCGAGUAUGAAAAUAUUUUCGCUUCCGUUGACAUGCUUAUUGCCAGCAAGGACCGAUCAAAGAUCGAACGUCUAAAAGAUAAACUUAAGUCAAAAUUUGAAAUGAAGGAUCUUAGCGCAACACAAAAUAAUUUAGGCAUGGAAAUUGUUCAGGACAAAAUGUCCCGUACUCUCAGGUUAACACAACGAGCUUAUAUCCAAAUGAUAUUGAAGCGGUUCAAUCUUAAUGGUGCCAAGACGUCUACAAUUCAACUACAGAAGCACAUCAAGAAUACAAGUGAAGAUUGUUUGAAGGAUGACAAGGGAAAGGCCAAAACAUCAAAGGUUCUGUAUGCUAGUGAAUUCGAGAGUCCCAUAUAUGCCAUGGUGUGUACUCAUCCCGAUCUCGCUCGUUGUGUCAGAGUGAUGCAAAAAUCACAAGAAAUGGGGGAAUCACCAAGGGGCACGAAGAUAUGGGUCCCUAACGUUGAUAGCAAUAUAUGUCCAAAGGUUGGUGACUUCUUUUCAUUGGUUGAGUCCGUAGAAAAUAUGUAUAGGAAAUACGGUGAUGUUGCUGGGUUUGAUAUCCGGUUGGGCAGCAAAAAAUUGAACUCGUUGGGUGGAGUGCAAACCCGUUAUUUCGUUUGUAGCAAGGAGGGUAAUCCACCGAAAAAGGAAUUUGAUUCGUUAGAAGUUUCAUCGGGAGAGAGGAAAAGGCGUAAUACAAAUUUCAAACGUACCGGUUGUAAAGCUUGCCUUAAAGUACACUAUGUGAAAGCGAGUGGCCAGUACGAGGUCUAUCAUUUCAUAGAGGGGCAUAAUCAUAUGCUUUGUCGUUCGGAAGAGAAGAUGUUCACCCAUUCAAGACGACAACUUGAUUACAAGGAUCGAAGGAAUGUUUAUCACGCAUCCAGUUCUAAAGUUGGUAUCACUCAGUCGCGCAGAAUGCAAUUGGCAAUGAACGGUGGUUUAGUAGCAUCUGGUGGGACAGCUAGGGAUCAUAUGAACUUUAGAAGAGACAUUAUGCUCUUCGUUGGUAACAAAGAUGCACAAAUGUUAAUAAACAAGAUGAGCAAACGRCGGGAACAUUGCUCUGAAUAUUUUUUUGAAUAUAAGUGUGAUGAGAAGGAGUUGAUUGCAAUAUUUUGGGCAGAUAAAACAGCGAGAAUGAAUUACAAACAUUUUGGAGACACCAUAUCAUUCGACGCUACAUUUCGGACAAACAAACAUGCAAUGAUUUUUGUUCCAUUUGUUGCAAUUGACAAUCACAAGAAGUCUGUUGUCGUCGGUGCAUCAUUGAUUAGAAAUGAAUCUGUCAUUAAUUUCACAUGGGUAUUGAAUGUGUUUAUGAAAGCGCACGGUACUCAGCCACAGUUUGUAAUAACCGAUCAAUGUGCAGCAAUGAAACAAGCGAUACCAAUAGUUUUUUCGGAAUCUACUCAUCGAUUGUGUAUGUGGCACAUAACMAAAAAAGUKAAGGAAAAGAUUCGUGAUCAUUUAGCCCAUGGGACCCCAUUUAAAAGCAAGUUCAACAAACUCGUAUGGAAUGUACACCUAAGUCCCGAAUAUUUUGAGGAGAAAUGGAAUGCAUUGAUGGAUGAGUUUGGACUGCGGGGUCACUCGUGGUUCGAAGAAAUGUCUGAGAGUAUUAAUUCAUUCUUUAAUGUUUAUACGAAGUAUUGRAAUGAUCUUGUUUACUUUCUUAACACUUUCGACGAUGCAAUCGAARGUCAAAGGAAAGAACAUUGUUCACUUGAGGUUGUGACUAGAACUACAAUACCUAAAUUGUUGUCACCGUCCAAAAUUGAAGUGCAAGUAGCGAACGUGUACACAAAAACAAUGUUUUUUGAGGUGCAAAAGGAAAUGAACAAGGCAGUAUGGUUUUGUGGGGUCGUCGAUGUAGUAGAGGUAGGGGAUAAGAUGAUUUACAGUAUUACACAUAAGAACAAGAAUUCUGAGAUCAAAGCUACGUACAAGGUGGUUCAUGAUGUAGGGGAUGAUUCUUUUGAUUGUAGUUGCAACCAUUUUGUUCACAAUGGUAUAUUAUGUCGCCACGCGUUUAAGGUAAUGUUAAAUUCURAGGUGCAAUGUAUACCCGAGAAGUACAUCUUACCGCGAUGGAGACGAGAGUUAGUUCCAGUAGAGCUGUUGCCGGCUCGUGUUAGGUAUGGUGAAAUGGAUGUUGAGAAACAAGCUUUGAUGAACCAGGCUACGUCAAUGUUUGAUCUUAUUAUUGGGCGUGUACGGAAUGAUAAGGGAUCAUUGACAGAGUUUGUGGAGCGAUUGGAACGUUUGGGUGAUGAAAUUUCGGUGGACAUUCCAAUAUUGACAGGUACUGAACAGAAGAGAAAUGAUAUUCAGGAGCUAUUAUGUGUUUCCAAACAUGAAUCGGUUGAUGUCUUACCACCAAAAGGGAUACGUAAUAAAGGUUGUGGGACCAGAAAGCGUCUUGUUGGUAUCUCAGAGAAGAUAUCCAUGAAUGCAAAGAAGCCGAAAAGAUUGUGCAGAACUUGUGAUAAAAUGGGGUGGCAUGAUUCCCGCAACUGUCCAUCAAAAGGUGAUAGUAACAAAUAA